GAAAAGUCACGCCUGAAUAUUGUGACCGAAAAAGAGAACAUUUUAGAUAUUACGCCUCGAGACUGUAAGGCACACGAUCAGUUCGUGCACAAGGAAACCAACUACAUUGGCUUCCACAUAAAUCUCACACGGUGCGAGGAAUCAAUCUAUCUUUCGCUGCAUUUUUUUCUUUCUUUUCGGUUGCAGCAACAGGUGCUGGAGAGCAGAACAGAGGAGUGCCACCAUGCCUGACAACAAGUACUCCCCCUCCGCCAUCAUGGCUGAGAGUGACAAGAUGACGGCCACGGCUGUAGUGGUCAGUGACGCAGUGCCAGUGGAAGGUCUGGGCCUGUCAGAGUCAGAGGGGCAUCUGGAGAGAACCAAGAGGAACAGCCCCCUUACUGCAGCUGAGCCCCCUUCUACACCCAGCCCCAAACAGGGUCAGGACCACGUGCCUACAGACAUGAGUGUGAGUCGGCGUUCCAGCAGAAGGAAGAGAGCCAGGAAAAGCCCAGAGAGGGAGGGGAACUGGGAUUCCUACAAUCAGAAUCAUGCCAGGAUUAGCCCCUCCCCUCCCUCUGUGGAGCUGCUGGAGCAGGACUCAAAGGACUCCAUUCCCAGCCUUGACUCCCCCCAUAGUCUUGACUCUUCAUCCUCCUGCUCUUCCUCCUCCCCCACAGAGACUGCUAGCCAGCCGGAGUACAAGGACAGUAAAGGCUUUGGCGUGGGAGAGCUGGUGUGGGGGAAGAUCAAAGGCUUCUCCUGGUGGCCAGGCAUAGUAGUGACCUGGCGCGUCACCGGCAAGAGGCAGGCCACGCCCGGCAUGCGCUGGCUGCAGUGGUUUGGAGACGGCAAGUUCUCAGAGGUCUCUGCUGAUAAGCUGUACUGCAUCACUGCAUUCCCCAAGUACUUCAGCCAGGCCUCCUACACCAGACUGGCAUCUUACCGCAGAGCAGUGUUCCAGGCCCUGGAGAUGGCAGGCAGACGGGCAGGCCAGGUGUUUCCAGCAGGGGAGCAGGACAGCCCGGAGGAGCAGGUGAAGCCCAUGCUGGAGUGGGCUCAAAGCGGGUUCCUGCCCAAAGGCCCAGAGGGAGUCAAACCCACCACCCACAACACAGAGAAUGGUUCCCUGGGUUCUCAGGUUCUGGGUGCUGGUCUGUCUGAGUAUUUCCCUCCUCCCAAGAGGCAAAAGCCCAGCCUGGGCGUGGCCAAGGCAGGAAGUGAGGAAGUCUGCAGCAGAGAACAAAUGGUUCGUGAAGUUUUGAAGGGUGACAGAUCUAUAGAAGAGUUUUGUCUGUCCUGUGGCAGGACCCCGGUGGAGACCUUUCACCCCCUGUUUGAGGGGGGACUGUGCCAGGCCUGUAAGGAUGUGUAUUUGGAGACCUCCUACAUGUAUGACGAUGACGGGUACCAGUCCUACUGCACUGUGUGCUGUGGGGGGAGAGAAGUGCUGCUCUGCGGGAACGCCAACUGCUGCAGGUGUUUCUGUGUGGAUUGCCUGGAUGUGCUGGUGGGCUUGGGCUGCUCAGAACAGGCCAGGGCGCUGGAUCCCUGGCGCUGUUACAUGUGUCAGCCUCCACAGCGCUAUGGUGCGCUCGCCCGCCGUCACGACUGGACCCUCAAGCUGCAGGAGUUCUUCAUCAGCGACAACGGCCAAGAGUUUGAGAGUGCGAAGAUCUACCCUGCUGUCCCCGCUGAGCAGAGACGGCCAAUCAGAGUCCUGUCCCUGUUUGAUGGCAUUGCCACUGGCUACCUGGUACUGAAGGAUCUAGGUUUUCGGGUGGAGGUGUACAUCGCUUCUGAGGUGUGUGAGGACUCCAUCUCUGUAGGAGUGGUGCGGCACGAGGGGAGGAUCAAGUAUGUGCACGACGUGCGAAACAUCACGAGGAAGGAUAUCGCAGACUGGGGCCCAUUUGACCUGGUGAUUGGCGGGAGUCCAUGCAAUGACCUCUCCAUCGUCAAUCCCGCCAGGAAGGGCCUGUUUGAGGGCACCGGUCGGCUGUUCUUUGAGUUCUACCGGCUCCUGAAUGCCAGCAAGCCCAGGGAGGGAGAGGGCCGUCCUUUCUUCUGGCUUUUUGAGAAUGUGGUUGCCAUGGGGGUCAGCGACAAGAGAGACAUCUCCCGCUUCCUGGAGUGCAACCCUGUGAUGAUCGAUGCCAUUGAAGUGUCAGCCGCCCACCGAGCCCGGUACUUCUGGGGGAACCUGCCAGGCAUGAACAGGCCAUUGUGUCCUUCUGGAACUGAUAAGCUCCAGCUGCAAGACUGCCUGGAGCACGGCCGCGUGGCCAAGUUUGAAAAGGUGAGGACCAUCACCACACGCUCCAACUCCAUAAAGCAGGGCAAAGACCAGCACUUCCCCGUCAUCAUGAAUAGCAAGGAGGACAUUUUGUGGUGCACGGAGAUGGAAAGGAUUUUCGGAUUCCCAGUGCAUUACACAGAUGUGUCCAACAUGGGUCGCGGUGCCCGUCAGAAACUUUUGGGUCGUUCCUGGAGCGUGCCCGUCAUCCGCCACUUGUUUGCCCCCCUCAAGGACUACUUUGCCUGUGAAUAGCCACCCCAAUCAGUCUCUGCUAUGACCCUCCACUCUAAUACUUUCCCACUACCCCCUACCCUCAUCCCCUCCCACCCUCCACCUUUCACUAGAGAUCCCUCCCACAACCAGCAGCCUGCUCACCCUGCAUAUCCACCAGGGGGCGCCCUCAGCCCCUCAGCUGUAAUGUUGUUUAGCUCAAUCCAGGGGCCGCAGGCUGCUUGGUCAACUGAGGCCCUACAGGGACCCUUCAUCCCAGUAAGAAAAUGGAGAUCAUAGCUCUCACCUUUCCUCUUUUUUUAAACACCCUUAUGUUCAGUUCUUAACAGGACCAUUUACAACGUAAAUCUCUGGCAGUGAUGAAUCCCAACACUGGCGAAGCUAUUGGCCAUAUUUUUCAUGCCUUGGUUUGCUUUUUGUUUUAUUCAUAUGUGCAUAUUUUCUGCAAUACACGGCAUUCUCCUUGCCUUUUGCAAGUGCCAAGAUAAGAUACUUAGAUAAAUACAUUUUAUAAAAAUUCAAAGAAUUUCCAAAAGUGUUAAAAAUUAUGAAGAGAUUGCGAUUAUUGGCUUUUUAUCAUAGCAUAUUUUUUUAAAGUGUAUGUAAGUGUGUCUUUCAAGUAUCACAAGUUCACUCCAUAAUGUAAGAUGUCAUUGAACUGUUCAGUCAGCACUUGAUAUGUUUAUUCAUGAACAGUAUAAGGACAAAGGUGAAGAGCGUAAGGGGAAGAUCCUUGGUGGGUCAGUCUCAUGUUUCGAUUUUAAUAUUUUAAUAUCCUACUCAACAAUAUAGGGUCAUUCAAGAAAUUCUGAGCUUUGUUUCUUGCUUUUAACAUGUUCUGAUUUAGUUUUUACAAUUUCCUAUAACCUGUGUUAGUGAAGAAGUACUGUAUUCCAUUACUGUUUACACUUGUAAAAUAUAGGUGGUGCUCUGGAAUGCGCUGUCUUCAGCUUGGUGGCCAUAAGCAAAACCCCAAAGGAAGCAGCACUAAACAUGUUACUUAUCUAUCUCACACACUAUACCUCAGUUUUUUUUCCUGUGUACUGUACAACAUUGAAGGUGUUCCAUAUUUAUAACAUGGAUACUUUAAAACAUGCAGGCAAGUAUUUCAGACUUCCAAAUAAAAAAACACUUGAGUUUUUUUUACACAAAGUACGCAUUUCAGUUCAAAUAUAUAUUUUUUAACUUUUUAAUGAUACAAUCUCUUUGUAAAGAUCUCUUCAGCAAUAAAACUAAUUUCUCAUUUUAGUGUUUUCUUAUAAUCCUGAUUUUAUACACUAAUAUACCAGUAUAGAAUACUGAUUUUAUGUGCAUUUUUGACUAGUAGAUUUCUUUUUAUUAAAAUUUUUUAACCAGUCUUUGCUGUUUAAGUGCAAGUGAAACUCACCAUGGAAGGAAAGGUUAUUUUUUAUGCUGUUGUAAUGAUGGUUCUUUGCCUGCCCACUUUAUGGAAGAGAAGCAACAGAAUGAUACUGACAUGAUUUCAUGCAGCUGUGUACUGACAACCUCCAAUGUCAACCAAUAAACCUGUUUUGAUACAAUCCCA